ACAGCAAAGGCCCGUCGGCCUCCUCGAGACGGACCUCGACGCGCCCGUUGAUCCCGAGGAGGCCGCUGCUAGCAAGAAGGCCCGCAGCCUCCUGAACCUCAACCAUCAGCAUAACGGGCACCAUCAGUGUCACCAUCACCAUCACCAUCAUCUCCAGCACCACCAUCACCGUCAUCCCCAGCAACAGCAGCUCGGCGAGGAGUUGCUCGACGACGAUGUAGACGACGACGAAUGCUGCCAGGGCAGGGCCGCUUGUCACCUCGACCAUCACCGUGGAAAGCCCGGGAGCGAGGCUGCCGCCGGACACCAGCGACCUCACAAAUCCAUGGAGUUCCUCCUUGACAAGGAGAAUCUGCACUUUGUACAGCCGCCCGAGAACGAGCUGCAGAAAGUGGGCGAACGGGUGCCAUCGGAACACGAGCUCAGGGUGCAAAGAUCCCUUCAACGGUUGAACGUCCCGGAAUGGUACAAGAACUCAUCGGCCGUCCGGGAUGGAGGCGGCUUCCGGCUCAAGAGACACUCGGAUGCUUCGCAACACGGGGGAUGGCGAGCCCUCGGCUCCAAGACGACAUCCCUCUCGUCGCUAUCCUCGUCUUCCAAUCGACAGCCAACCCCAGAAUUAGCAGAGUCUAAUCGAACCUCUUGUCCCGCAGGUACACUCCUGAGCCCGAGCCCGACGCCGCCAGUUUUCUCCAGAUGGAGCACGAGUUUACUAAACAGCGCGGGAAGCUCACCCGCGAGUUCCGCUCGCUCCUCCUUCAAUCAUCGGCAACCCUACCUUGGUUGGCGCUCGCAGGAGCGACUGGCCAAUCCUCGCACACCCGCGGAGCGACUCGCCCAGGGUAUUCUGCCCCAGCUGCAAAAUUCAAGCAAGCAGCAACAGCAGCAACAGCAUCAGCAGCUGGUCAGCGGCGAGGCGAGCGAGGAGGGCGGCUCGACCUCGGGUGCCUGCCCCGAGGAUUUGGGCAGCGGCUUCACGAGCCUGAGCGAUGGCCCCGGCAGCCUAUUCCUCGAUCUCGCGCAGGCGCAUCGGCAGCCGGAGCUAGUGGAGCACCAGGAGCGCUUCGAGUCGCCCUCGCCCACUCAGCAACAGCAGCACCACCGAAGCCGCAAUCGGCACCGCUCCGAGGGCGAGCAGCACCAUCACAGGCAUCAGCAUCACCAUCGUCAGCAUCAGCAGCAGCACCAGCACCAACGUGCCACGGGUCAGCGUCGCAGGAGCGAGGGCUCGCCCCAGCGUGGCCCCCGCGGUCACCGUCGCGUCUCUCUCGGCGGGCCCGAGCCCGGGGACGAGCGCCCGGUCCGCUGCCGUAACGGCAAGUGCCCCAACAGUGCGAGUCCCGCGGAGGCGCGACGCAGCUACAAGAGCUGCCACAAUUGCAGCAGCCUCUACUGCUCGCGGGAGUGCCGCAGGGCCCACUGGCAGCGCCACCGCAAGACCUGCCUCUACUCCCGGGCGAGCGGCCUCUGCGUCCAGGUCCUCUCGAGCGUGAAGCGCGACCCCGCUAGCCUCGGGCACGUUUCGGCGCUGGCGCGGCGGGGCUUCGCCUCCCAGGGCCGUGGCGCGGUGCGCUGCUUCUUCGCCAGUCCAGAACUUGCCGAGAGCUUCGUCGCCGGGGGCCUGCAAGAGCUUGGCGAGCCGGCCUACGUGCGCUGGUCGGACAUCCUGCCGAGCGAGAUGGGCGCCGAGCUUUACGCGGAGGCUGUGCGACUCUGCGAGUCUUACAAUCCGGAGACGAGGCUCGUCGUCUAUGUCUCGGUGUGCGUAGUGCGGGAGGUGCCGAGCGCCGGGGGCGGCCCAGUCAUGUGGGAGCGCCAGCCGGUCUCGCGGUGCGCCAAGCUGAAGCUCGAGGGCUCGAGGAGGACUGCCGGGCAGACGUUGUUGCCGCCGCUGCCGCCACCACCGCCGUUGCCACUGCUGCCGCCUCCGUUGCAGUCGCCGUCGCAGUCGAAGUCGCAGCAGGUCAAGGGCUCGUUCGAGAGGGAAUCGGAGCCGGAAGCCGAGGGGGCGCGAACGGAGCCGAGAUCGGAUGAGGACGGGCCCCGCAUUAGUAGGGAGAUGGAGAGCCCGGAGACCCUGGUGCUGACGUCGAGUCCACCGGAGGUGGGGCUCACGAGCCCGAGGCAUCAUCGCGUGAUCGGAUUCGAGAAUAUACAGCGGGAGUUGCGACACCGCGGUGUCUCGCUCAGGCGCCACUUCCCCCAGGUCUACGGCAAGCUGUGCGCCUACGUGGACGGCGGUGUCGAGAGAUUCGCGCCUGUGACCAUCUACCCGAGGGACCAGGCCAGCGGCAGGAGCUUCAUGUGCAUCAUCAUGCUGGACGCGGAGCCGGAACGGCUUCGACUGCUACCUACGGACUCCUCGAGGCUCCGGACCGUUGACGUGGGCCUCGAGGUCCCGGCCGAAUGA